AUGCCGAUCCGCGGCCCAGUCCACGCCAAGCUUCACAAGAAGGACGCCGCCGAAACCCUCCACGUCGGCCCCUUGACAAUCCGCAUUUACGAAGAUGGCUCCCUGACCGAGAACCGGGUCAGUGGUGUGCUACUCGAGAUACCCGCCGGCAAGAGUGGUCCGCCGAUGCACUGGCACCGGUUCCACGAUGAAUUGUUUCUCGUAAUCAAUGGGUCUAUGACGUUCGUCACGCCCGACGGUGAGGUGACAGCUUCGGGGGGCGACCUCAUGACCGUUCCUCCCGGAGCGGUGCACACGUUCAAGAAUGCAUCCGACACGGAAGACUGUGAGUGUUACAUGACUGCCACGCCGGGACACUAUGUGGAUUACUUCCGGAUGUUGGGCAAAGCGGCGGAGGGCUGGGAAGCAAGCUCAACUUCGGGCGAUGUCGAAGCAUCUAAUGGCAUUGUUUGGAAACUGAUCCGAGUCCCCGAGCUUGUCAACGGCAAAUUGACACACGUGGCGGAUAGAUUUGUAGAGACUCUUGAUCUGCUCGUCACCGAAGUCAUCGCAAUAUUGUUCCGGGUGGAGUUUUGCCUGGUAGAGAACUUCGUCCCCGACCCAGUUGCCGACCCCACUGAUGACGGCCUGGUCGAGAAUGAGCGCCUUGAUAGGCACGUGCCGCGACUUCAUCUUCUGUCGGAGAUACUCCUCAGUAAAGACGUCAGUAUCGACGACUGGGUCUGGCCCGUUCUCUACGAGCGGCGAGUGCUUCCUGAUGCUUUCGCCCGGGCAAUCCACCAGCCGGACACCGGCCGAAGCGUCGGGGGUCGGUAA